CGGGCGCCCCCCUUCCCCCAACCGCUUCGGAUCCUUGCGAGCGGCCCUCGCCGCCUCCCCGAGCCGAGCCGUGCCCGGGGCCCCCACGCAGCCCUCGUCCCAACCGGCCCGGGGCGCCGCUGUUCCCGCUGCACCGCCCCCGGGGUCGCACCCUCCCGCCCUUCUUCUCUCCCCUCCCUCCGUUCCCUCGCACUGACGCAGUCCGUGCCGCACCAGCUCUAACAUGGCGGCCAGGCGCUGAGCAGCGCGGGGCGACGCGGGCCGCGAGCGGGUAUUUAAAUUUUUGAAGCCAUGGGAGUAAAGGUCCAGAGACCUCGUUGCUUUUUUGACAUAGCCAUCAACAAUGUACCUGCUGGAAGAGUGGUCUUUGAACUGUUUUCAGAUGUGUGUCCAAAGACAUGUGAGAAUUUUCGCUGCCUUUGCACAGGUGAAAAGGGUACAGGAAAAUCCACCCAAAAGCCAUUGCAUUACAAAAGUUGUCUGUUUCACAGGGUAGUGAAAGAUUUUAUGAUCCAAGGAGGUGACUUCAGUGAAGGAAAUGGCAGAGGAGGAGAAUCCAUUUAUGGUGGCUUUUUCGAAGAUGAAAGCUUUGCUGUAAAACACAACAAAGAAUUUCUCCUUUCCAUGGCCAACCGAGGGAAAGAUACAAAUGGUUCACAGUUCUUUAUAACAACUAAACCUACACCUCACUUAGAUGGACAUCAUGUUGUUUUUGGACAAGUCAUCUCAGGUCAGGAAGUUGUGAGAGAAAUAGAAAACCAGAAAACAGAUGCAUCUAGUAAACCAUAUGCUGAAGUGCGCAUACUGAGUUGUGGAGAGCUAAUUCCAAAAUCCAAAGCCAAGAAAGAAGAAAAGAAAAGACACAAGUCGUCUUCCUCAUCCAGUGACUCGGAAAGUUCGAGUGAUUCAGAAUCAUCUUCAGAUUCAUCAUCAGAUUCUGAGAGUGCUUCAGAAGAGAAAUCUAAAAAACGAAAAAAGAAACACAAGAAAAAUUCUAAGAAACACAAGAAGGAAAAGAAAAAGAGAAAGAAAAGCAAGAAAAGCUCAUCCAGUGAAAGCGAAGAUGAAAACCCUGAAGCACAGCCGUUAUCUACUGUCCGUCCUGAAGAAAUUCCUCCUGUACCUGAAAACCGGUUCCUGAUGAGGAAAAGUCCUCCUAAAGCAGAUGAGAAAGAAAAAGAGAGGAAAAGCAGAGAGAAGGAAAGAGAAAGUAAUCUAUCGAAUUCCCAGUCAACAUACCAGAGAAGAUUGUUGGUGACCAGAUCUGGAAGGAAAAUAAAAGGAAGAGGACCACGGCGUUACCGGACGCCUUCCAGAUCCAGGUCAAGAGAUAGAUUUCGACGCAGUGAAACUCCUCCACAUUGGAGGCAAGAAAUGCAAAGAGCUCAAAGAAUGAGAGUGUCUAGCGGAGAAAGAUGGAUAAAAGGGGACAAGAGUGAAAUAAAUGAAAUCAAGAAAGAUAAUCAAAAAAGCCCAGGAAGAGGAAGAGAGAGAAAAAUAUCAGACCACAGACAAGCUUCUGAAAGUCCAAGCAGAAGAGGGGAGAAGGAGAAGAAAAAAGAUCACAAAUCCAGCAGUAAAGACAGGGAGACAAGGAGGAAUUCAGAAAAAGAUGACAAGCAUAACAAGAGCAAGACCAGGAAAAGAGGUAAAUCUAGAAGCCAUAGUAAAAGCAGAGAGAAAUCAAGAAGUAAAGAAAGAGACUCCAAACACAGUAGACAUGAUGAAAAGAGAGUAAGAUCAAGAAGCAAAGAGAGGGACCAUGAGAAAGGUAGAGAAAAAGAAAAGCGCUAUGAUUCUAGAGGGAGAGAGAAAGAAAGAAGUAGAAGUAAAGAGAGAAGUAGAAGGGCAGGUUCAAGAAGUAAUGACCAUGACCAUAGGAAGAGUAAAGACAGGGAGAAACAUAAGUCAAGAAGCAGAGAGCGUGAGCAUGGUAGAGGAAAACAUAGUUCCAGCAGUAGAACAAGGGAACGAAGCAAAAGCAGAGAUAGGGGUAGGAGAGCAAGAUCAAGAAGCAGAGACAGAGAUCGCAGUAGAAGUAAAGAAUAUUCAAGGAAUAGGGACAGAGAAACAAGAAGAAGAAGAUCAAGAAGCAGAGAAAGGAGAGGUACGCCAGAUAGAUACAGAGGAAGAGAAAAUAGGAGGAGGAGAGACUCAAGAAGCUCAGAGAGAGAGGAAAGUCAGAGCAGAAACAGAGAGAGGUAUUCAAACAGAGAAAGUAGAAGCUCAUAUAAGAGGAAUGAUUCUGAAAGCCAAAGGAAGAGGCGUUCAAAAAGCCGUGACAGUAGCAGUCCGGAAUCCAGUAAAGAUAAGAAGUCUAGUAGAGAUCAAGAUAGAAGUCCAGACUCAAAAAAGAGACCAAGUAGCAAAGAGAGAGAAUCAAAAAAAUCAUACUCAAGCAGGAGUAAUGAAAAGGAAAAGACCAGAUCUUCAACAGAGAAAGAAAUUAACCAAAAAUCAGAGAGUCAGGAAAGAGAUCAUGCCCCUAGUAAGGAUAAAAAGUCCGAUCAUGAAACAAGUCCUGGAACAGAUGACGACAGGCAUGGAUGAGUUUGUGGACUUAAUGUUUCCAUUGUCUCAAAGUUUUAGAGACAUUUUGGGGAACGCCUUUUUAUAAGAUGUGGACUCCAGUUUGGUCUUUUGAUAAUCUAAAACCUGGAUCAUUUGUACUGCUAAAGUUUUAAUAAACUUGAAAUGAAAAAAACAAAUUCUAUGUGUAAUACAGUGUGCUGUGUUUUAAAUAUUUCACUGUUUUAUGUAUCCUUCUUGUGUGUUGGCAGCUAGAGAAGGUACCUUCUAUGCCAUAUUUAGUUUCUACCUGAUGAACUUAGUCUGAUGUAAACAAUGGUUGCCUGUGAGGAAGCUUUCUUCAUGUGUGAAGAAAGCUGCAUGUAUACCACAUCAUCUUAAAGCUAGGAGGCUUUUGCAAUGGAUCCAUCAUUCCAGUGUUGGUACAUCUGUAAUUCAGUAGGUACAAAUCGUAAGGAAAUGACUGUUUUCUUUGGGGGAGGAAAAUGACUUUUUUUUAAUCAUGAAGUGAGAUAAUUUAUUUAAAUCUUCACUAUUAGUACUUUUCUCAGAAUCAACAGUAGAAUUCAUUCAUGUUUUAAGGCAGCCAUCUAUGCUUGGGAGUUCUUUCUUUGCCCUAAAUUUUUGUGUAGAAAAAUUCUUUUUUGAAGUGCUCAUCUAUGUAAUUUUCUGUAACCUCCCUUUUUCUGUUCCACGCUUUCAUCUUUCUUUACUGUGGAAAAUUGAGCCUGGAUGCUUCCGACUGCCCUGCCUCAGUCACUAGGUAGUGGAUGCGCAGAGAUGAAACAAUUACCAGAAUUCAUAGUAGGUGUCUUCACAUCUUGGAAGUGGUGGUCACUGAUCAGAACAAGGAACCAGCCAAUCGUUCCUAUUUUUGCUGCUUAACAGUUUAUGGGAAAACAAUUGCAGUUAAGACAGUCCCUUAAAUUUUUAAAACCAAGAUUUGCUUUCCUCCUUAAAUCCCCACAUUCUAAAGACUGUAUUGUGAAUUCCUCCAUGUCUUCUACAUGUGUGUCUUCCUCAAACUAAUUCCUUCCCAUUUCUGCUUUCCUCUUACACCUCUAGGACCUUAGUCUGUUUCUUUCUUGCCACUAUACCUUCAUAUACAAGAGAAGGAAGUUGGUUUGUGUUGCUACACUAUUGCCCACAUAUGUAUGAUACCCAAGAGUAGCUGGUGUAACUACGUAGUGGGCUGAGAGGACAGAUUUGGUACAAACCCCAAAACUUCUUUAAGCCCUUUGAACUAUUUGCACUGAAUGCUGGCAAAUCUUAAUUUCUAAAGUGAUGGGCAUUAAUGUAAAGCUGUGUCAAAGUAUAACAACGUUUCAGUUGAUUUUACAGCAGAAUUUUUGAUUGAUUAUAACUUUUUACCGUCUUUGUCAGUAUUUUUGUAAUACAAUAGCCCACUUUAUGAUUUUUGUGUGUCCACAGCAGAUUAGCAGAAUUGCUGAACCUGGCUUGCUGUUGUGAUCCAACAGCUGUUCUGAAGGAAAAUAACAGAUAUUUAUGUAUUGAAAGCAAAAGGGAAUAUAGAAUUGUGAGUAACAUGAGGAACCCUUUUACAGAACGAAAAAACUAGAAGUUAGUGCUACUUUUCAGUAGAAUAGCUUGUGGCACUAUCAAAUACUGGCUAUAAACUUUUUUUUUCUGUUUUAGUAUGUAUUCUGUAUUGCAGUUGCCAUUCUAUGCAGAACAUGCAAAAAUAUUUCACAAGCAUUCCUUGGGUGGAUGACAUGGUUGUUACUUAAAAGGGCUUACAUGAGUGAAUGGAAGACUUGAAGUGGACCUGUUCUGUGUGUAGCAACUCUGGACUCAGUAUGACUUUGGAGAAGUUCUAGUGCAAUCUUGAGGGCUGUGUUAAAAAGUUAGGCAUUAAGAGAAUUGUAUGGCAGGUCAAAGGCUUCCUCAGUGCGUUUACACUGCACUAUGCAUGCAGUGUGCUUCAGAGUCUCAUUUACAAACUGCAAUGGUAUUUCAUCUUUUUUUAUAGAGCUGCUACACAUACAAAAAAAAGCCAACUUUACAUUACUCGAGAGGUAUGUUUGCACUACUGAGAAUAUUCUUGCCAAUACCACUGAAGGCCAUAUAAGUCUGUAAACAACAACCCUCAACUAACUAUAUCAACUGCUUUAGAAAAGGGUAAAAAUAAAACCAGUCAGCAAUAAGGAAAUCCAUAGGAGAUAACUUACAAAAUUUUAAUGGUUUACAAAGUCUCGAAUGUGCUUAUUUAAAAUUUCAAAAUGGAGACUAUAUUCAGUUGUAGUUUGCAGCUGUGUGUAACUAGUUGUUUCAAAAAAUGCACUUGUAUAUCUUUAAUAUGGAUUGGUUUCCUCGUUAUAGUUCAGUAAAUUACUUGUACAGAUCAAAUGAGCUCUAAUUCUUUCAUAGCAGGUUAAAAUUCAUCUGAGUAGGUGGCGCAAAGCUCAUUUUUAAUGCAGCGUGUAAGAAGUUGGCACUUUUAAUUGCACACGGUGGGAUACAGUUAAACUCCUGAUGUAUGCAUGCCUUGUCUGUAUUGUAUUUGGCAAGUUGUUUUAGUGCUGAUUGCUUCAUUUGCUUAAAUUCAAAUGCAACAAUUGUGGUCUUGUAAGAGGGAGGAUGUGCCAGAUUUUUGCUUUUCUUUAUCCAAAAACUGAGUAUGCUGGUAGAAAUUCAGUGGGACUGAAGCACGGUCCUUUGGACAGCAAGAUGUGCCCAAGCACCACUGAGCUCUUUCCACCUUGAGAGCAUGUGGCUCCUGCUCUUGCUGUCCUGGGACCACUUCUUCCUUCAAUGGCAGAGUUUUCCUGUUCUCAGCCUCAUGCUAACUGCAUUCUGUCAGUGUGUAGGUCAGUGCUAUCUUUGGCAGCAGUGUCACAAGUUAUUGGCCUUUGGCUUGGAGAACAGAAUGGGGAGCAUAUUUCAAAGCAAUACUUACGUUUAUUGGAGGUGAUGAAAACUAUGCGUGUGGUCAUCAUCUCUUGUGGGUGGUGGUGGUGGUAUAUCUAGAAGGCAGUUUUUUCUGUCAGUACUGCAAAACUGACCUUACUCCAGAAAAUGUAUGAACCUCAAGACUCAAGAACAAAAAAAAAAAGUGCAGUGAGUACUGAACUGUUAACUUUGCAAGGAUACGGUUAAAGUGAACGUAUUGACAUGAAAAAAUCUCCAGAGGUUAGACAUACGUUCUUUGUCAUACUGGCAACGGAGACUGACAUUUUACUAAUACCAUACAGCCUACACAUAUGUAAAAUGCUGAAGAAUAUAGUAUUGGUAAUAGCCUUGCAAACUUCACCAGAAACAGACCGUAUUUGAUGGUUUUUCUGGCUACUGCCAUCAACUCUGAAGCAAAAAUUCUUGGUGGUUGGUGAUAACAAGGUUGUGUAGACACUACUGCUUUUUAAAGAUGUACUGCUGUCUGCUAAUUCUUUGGGUGGCACAUAAGACUUUAGUUGGUGUUUUUUGUUUUUCAAAGGCUAACAGUUAAAUUUUACCUCUCUGUUCUAUUUGGUUGAUAAAACUUUAUCCUGAAACUUUUCACUUGCUACUGAAAUCCCACACUAUAGACUUCUCUUGCAGUGAUCUUUGUCAGAUGCCUUGGAAAAAUUUGCUGUGUUCCACUGAACAAUGUCUGAUUUGUAAUAGUGUUAGCCUGGCAAAUGAAUUUUAGAUUAAUGUAAACAUAAAAGAAGCAGUCCUUCAUCUUUCUUUCCUGGAAUUGUUGAUUUCUUUGUUGCUUUACUGAAGCAAAUAAAGUAUUUUUGGACACACCUUCUAGGGGCAUAGUAGACUCAUUGCUUCACUGAUUGGCAAAAAUGUGUAUCCCUGCUUUUGGGACUUAAAAUAGGAAGCCUCAAGGUAAUUACGCUUUAUCAAAAACCUCUUGUAAAUCAUUUUUGUUUUCCCUAAUACCUGAACAACUUUAUGAGAAAAGACCCAAGUAUUUUUCAGUGGUAGCCAUAAGUUAAUUUUUGGUCAACUUACUUGGAGUAUUUGAGUGACAACGUUAAUCUUCAUGUUUCUAGAGUUGAUGUGAUGCGAAUGUUAAGAACUCUUACACGCUGCUUUCCUUCUUUUACUGGAAAUAGUAAUUUUCCUUAUGCAGCAUUUAACCAAAUUAUUCAAGAAAAUGCAUUAUCACAAUCUGUCAACUCUGCACUUUGCAAAAUUUGAAUUUGGUAUAAUUCUGCAGUUUCCUCGCGUAAAACUUAAGCUUUCCAUUUUAUUGCAUGUAUACUUUUAGUGUAGUACUUACUACUACCUUUGAAUUACUCAUGUUAAGAACAUUGCUCUAACAAAACUUGUAUUCCAUAAUAAAAGCGUAAGGUAAUAUUCACUUAAAAAAAAAAAAAAAAGCUACCCUAUCAAAAUAAGUUUUCUUUCAAUAAUCAAGUAGAGAGUUUGGAUAAUAAAACUGUCCUAAAGUAAAGGUAUAUUCUUUCUUAAUCAAAGUCAUUGUUCAUGUGAAAUGAGUAAGGUAGUUAACAUGAACAAGUUCAGAGGACACAUCUUAAAUAGCUUAAAUACACAUCUAUACCCGAUUCAUUUUAAACAUAUUUGUAAGAAUAAAAGCUCUAACAACAUAAUCAAAUAGACUAAACUGAACUAAUAGAGCACCCUGACUUUAAUUAGAAACUUUACAACAUGCAAAGCCCUUAAGUAAACUUCCUAUUUUUGGCAGUUAGUCAUUUCUGCCUAUCUUGUCCAUAUGCCUGUAACUGUAUAUACAAAGUAGUUAGUGUGUCACUUUAGUCAAUGACGGCUAAUUAAAAGAAUGGGUGGAAGAAUUGGAAAGAAUUUAGGCCUAUUAAUUUAUAAUCUGUUGUAAGAUGAACUAGGUAGUAACUGAUUUCCUUCACCAGCUAAAAGAAUUGUGGUCAAUUAUUUAAGUAGUGAUGUGCACGUAGUAUUUCAUGAACAAUAUGGAAGUCUGUCUCUUGAACAUUUUGUAAUCUGUAAUUCUCAGCUGGGAGAAUGAACCCUUCAUAUUUAAUCCACAAGUUGUGCAUUUCAUUACUUUCCAGUAACAAUUUUUUUGGCAUAUUUGUUAGUAUAGUCAAUAUAUCUGCAAAGUGUGCCUCUUAUAGUAUUACUUAACUUCUGUAUGUAACUAAGAGUAUCAUUCAUUUCUAGUUCCAGUGAUAUAACUGGUGCAUUUAGAUGUGCUUGAGCAUUUUGAAGUGGUUUUAGUAUGUUUACACAACUUUACAAGCUGUUGUGAUUUAGCAUCAGAACAUUCCCUCUUCAGUUGAACCAAGAUUGAUACAGUCUUACUGAAGAUGGGAAAACUCAAGGUUUUGUUUCAUGCUAAACUAGAUGAGUAAGUUAUAGAUGGAAUUGCAGCUUUCUACUACAGACUGACAAACGACAGGCUAUUCAGUCUCUAACAUAAAAAAUGCAGCUGUGUAAUGAAGCUGAUCUACUGUCUUAUCACUGUCAUGUUUUUGAUAAUAUUUCGAAAUCUUAUAUCUUGUACUUAAAUAUGGUAGUUUUUUGGGAAUGGGUCUGUGAAGCAGAAUGGUUCUCACCAGUUACAGGAGAUGUACCUAUCUGAUGUUAUGAAUUUAAAUACAGCAUUAGGACAGCUGACAGACAUUUUAGAACCAAACACAGGCAUGAGCUUUGAUCGCAAGGGCCCCUAGACCAGCAUCCCCUCCUAGUAACCUGGCUGUGCCAGCAGCAGUGUUUAGGAAACUGCAGAAAAGCAUACUCUACCUUUCUUGCAUUUCCUACAGUCAAUUAAGAAACUUGAGUGCUAGACAGACAACUGUCUUGCUGCAGGCACCUUUUUCCCAGAAAGGAUUAGAGAUUCAGCCACUUUUAAUGUAGACUUCCUGUUUUCCAUUGCAUUCUCCACAGUAAAAUUAAGUAGAAAACUGUUAAGAAGAAACACACUCAGCAUUGGUAUUACUGCUAUGGGCAGCUAUUUUAAACAAUUUAAUUUUAUUAUUUGCUCAUUUUUUUAAGCCAAAAUGUAAAGUUUUAAUUAAGCUUUGAGGUCUAGUAACAUUCAAGUACAGCACAUCCAACAUCACAAGUGUUCAUGUUUAGGUUGUUACCUCUUGACUUCCUAGAAACUGAAUCUACUGCUUUGUUUCAUAAUAAAAAUACUGUAGCUGCUGUGUAGCUAUAGCUAUGGUAUUUGAGCUGAAUAUUGGCAGAUUCUGGCAAACUGCAUGCCUUCCACCAUAUUCCAGGGUUAGUUUCAGCUGUUAGGCACUGAUAGAUUAUGCAGGCACAUAAGGGUUUUUAGAAGACCGUGGCUAGCUUCUUACUCUGUAGUGGAUGCUUCUGUACUUGUCUGCUGUAUUUCUGAAGAAGAAAGAAACAGAGUUUAAGUCCUCCUUUGUAAUUAGUAAUCAUUAUUCAAUGAAAUAUGAAUUGAGGGGCUGUAAUUAAAACAAUCAUCCUACAGCAGUAAUGGCUUCAUUUUCCCCAUUUCACUGUAUCAGUUGCUGGAUGUGUAGUUUAUAGAUCUUGGUAGCCUCAUACAGAAUCAGACAGCCUGAUCCUGUCUCUGGUCUGCAUAGUAACUCUUGCUUACUUCCAGUAAAUGUUGCCAUGUUCUAGGCUUUACCUCUUCUAAAGAAAAAAAUCAAUAGACCAAAACAGGCCAAAUCAAGUGCUACUCAUUUGGAAUGGGGAAAAAUUACUAUUAUAUUAACUGAUCUAGUAUUGAAUUUCAUUGGGCCUGCAGUUAUGAUGCGUAAGGCCUGCAGUAUAUAAAAGAAUUGUACAUUUCUCUGGAUAAUGUAUUGGAGAUAGGAAACCCAGAG